CGGAAGUUAUCACAAAGUAUAAUAACAACGCGCCAAAUUUGUGACUAAUGCAAUGCUGUCACUGCCUCAGACACAGAGAAAAGUUUGUCUAAUCUUUCAGAAUACUUUGAAAACACAUCUGUCUGAAGAAGGCCGUGCAGCAUGGCUGUGCCCUUUGUGCAAGACUGGGACCUUGUUCAGACACUUGGAGAGGGAGCCUAUGGAGAAGUAAGGCUGCUGGUCAACAGACAGACGGAGGAGGCGGUGGCAGUGAAGGUGAUCGACACCUCACAGGCUAAAGAUUGUGCUGAAAAUGUCAAAAAGGAGGUCUGCGUACACAAGAUGCUGAACCACCCCAACAUUGUGCGUUUUUUCGGCCACCGGAAAGAGGGUCCAACGAUGUACCUCUUCCUGGAGUACUGCACCGGAGGGGAGCUGUUUGAUAGAAUCGAGCCCGAUGUUGGCAUGGCAGAGAAUGAUGGGCAUAGAUUUUUCCAGCAGCUGAUAGCCGCUGUGGAAUACCUCCACAGUUCUGGCAUCACCCACAGAGACAUAAAGCCAGAGAACAUUUUGUUGGAUGACAAAGAUAACCUGAAGCUGACGGAUUUCGGCCUGGCCACAAUGUUUCGCUUCAAAGGACGAGAGCGGCGUCUGAAUAGACUCUGUGGGACUCUUCCUUACGUGGCCCCAGAGCUGCUCAGCCAAACAGAGUACAGAGCUCAGCCUGCAGAUAUCUGGGCCUGUGGGAUCGUCCUCACUGCCAUGUUAGCUGGAGAGUUGCCAUGGGACCAGCCCACUGAGAGCUGUCAGGAGUACUCAGACUGGCUUCAGAAGAAAACAUACCUGCCUCCUUGGAAGAAAAUACAACCACUGCCUCUUAGCCUGUUGUCCAAAUUAUUGAUGGCCAGUCCAGAUGCACGCGUCACCAUCACAGACAUUAAAAAAGAUCGCUGGUUUACUCAAGGAGUGAAACAACCUCUAGGCUCAGGACAUAAACUUCUGCGAUCAGAUGGAGGACUCAUAUCUCGGACCAACAGUGAUGACAGGAUGCAGUUUUCUAGUUCUCAGCCUGACUUAGCAGCAGGUGGCUGGGAGGCCAUGUUGUUGAUCAGCCAAACCGAAGGUCAGGUUAGCUUCUCUCAGCCCACCAAGCCGGAGCACAUGUUGCUGGGUAGUCAGCUGCUGGGCACACCAGGAGCCAGUCAGUCGCCCUGGCAGAGAUUGGUACGCAGAAUGACCCGUUUUUUCACGAAUGUGAAUGCUGACACCUCCCUGUCUGGCCUGAAGGAUGCCUGUGAGGGCCUGUCAUUGGGCUUCAAACUCACCUGCACCAAACAGGUGACGGUGAGCACGCUGGACAAACGCAACAACAAACUGAUCUUCAAAGUCCACCUGCUGGAGAUGAAUCAGAGAGUGCUGCUGGACUUCAGACUGUCUAAGGGUGACGGUCUGGAGUUCAAGCGUCUCUUUGUGAAAAUAAAACACAAGCUCAAUGACAUCAUCAGCACUCAGAAGAUCACAUGAGCUCCUGGUCAAAUGAAGGAACGCUGAAGAGAGAACCUGUAUAUAUUUAGCUGUUCUAAUGAAAUUCUUAACGUGCUCUGCUCUUCUCUUUACAUGUGUUAUGUUUCUUUCCUUUUCUUUUCCUUCUAUCCUUGUGAGACCUGUUUAUGUGUUACACGUCAGGAGGGCGGACAGGGCGCUAUUUUUAAGGGGUUUGUAAUCAGGUUUUAGUUUCGUGUGAGAAUGAGAUGACUGUCAGAGAAGUUACACAUGGGACGGGAAGAAGGCAUGCGUCCUUGUUCUGCCUUCGUGAAGACUGAUUACGUUUGACGUCUAAAGUGUUGAAUAAAUAAAUGAUGAGAAGACAAACA